AUGGUUCAGCCAGCAGGGGACGGCGUCCAGCUUCUCCAUGCUUCAAUAGUCUUGCUCGUUCUCAGUUGGAUCACAUUCAUUACACGAAUAUCAGUCCGAGUAUGGCGAAAAGCAACAGGUUGGGAUGACAUUUUGAUGUUUAUAGGCAUCCUUCUCUUUACGGUAACAGCUUCCCUAUGCAUUGUCUGCUGCUAUCUCGGAUCUGGUCAGCUUAGAGCUGUCCUGCCUGCCAGUGCAAUCAUGCGCGGGACCAAGCUCUUCUUUAUUGCUGAGUACUUUUACGCCUCCAGCACCGUCUUCAUCAAGGCUAGCAUCGCCAUGACUCUUCUCCGAAUCGCGGAAUCCCGCCGUCGUUAUAAGUGGAUUAUCUGGAGCGUAAUAAUCGCCACGAUCAUUUCAUGCAUCGUCUUCAUAGCCGGCAUUUCCAACAUUUGCCAUCCCAUCACUACUCUCUGGGGUGAAACCACCACCGGAACAUGCAAUCUCGACCUUAACAGCGACGUUAGCUUCUUCUUCUCUGCUAUUGAGAUUAUAACAGACUGGGCUUUGGCGUUUCUGCCUGGGGCCUUGUUGUGGAACAUCCAGAUGAAGAGCAGGGUCAAGUUCUCGGUGGCCAUCAUCCUCGGGAUGGGUGCUUUUGCAAGUUGCGCGACAAUCGUCCGACUCCGCUAUCUAACCCUGUACAGUAACCCCGCAGAAUUCAUGUUCGGCACCGGGAGGAUCGGUCUCUGGUCCAUCAUUGAAGAAGGCAUCGGCAUCAUUGCCGGCUCGCUGCAUGCUCUGCGUCCUCUUCUCUCCCUCCCCAUCUUCGGCGGCAGCACCAGCGGCAACACAAAUGGCUCAGCUUCAGCCAACAAGUACUUGCGGUCGGGCGGCGGACAUCCGGGGAUGCGACCGGAUAUAAACCUGGAUACGUUUCACCAGCUCGGAGAUACGGAUGGGGAUGGGGAGAGCUCCAAGCACAUUUUGAAGGAGACCCAGGUCACAAUGAUGAGAAGCGAGCGAACUGCUUCGCCAGGGGAGUACGACAGGAGUCAGGUUCUGGGGUGGAAGCAGAAUAAUUACGAGGGCUGA